CAUAUUACUAUAAAUUCAACUUCGUCUAGCUCAUUUAUUUACAAAGAGUUAAGAGGCUGCUUCAAACCUUUCUCUGAUCGAUCUAAUCCUCAUCAUCAUUAUGUCCUCAUCAAGACCGAAUUCGUACGGGAAGUUCUCAGAUGCUCUUCCGGCAACGGGUAUUCCGGUGAACUCCAGCAACCCCUACUCUAAUCAACCUGCUCAUAAUCACCACCAGCAUCAUGAUAACUCCCAGAUGCCGGAUGCUCCUCCAUAUCAUCUCCAUGCUAGAACACCCGAGCCUUGGAAAUCUGGCCUUCUUGACUGCUUCUCCGAUCCCAAAAGCUGCUGCCUAACACUUUGGUGUCCCUGCGUCACCUUUGGCCAGAUUGCUGAGAUUGUGGAUAAAGGCUCUACAUCUUGUGGUGCAAGUGGAGCACUGUACGCUUUAAUAGCUUUUGUGACUGGUUGUUCUUGCAUCUAUUCAUGCUUCUACCGCUCCAAACUGAGGCAGCAGUACACUUUGGACGAGAGCCCUUGUGGUGAUUGCUUGGUUCACUGCUUCUGUGAGUAUUGCGCCCUGUGCCAGGAGUACCGCGAGCUCCAAAGUCGCGGUUUCAACAUGGCCGUCGGCUGCAUAACACUGUGCUGUCCAUGCAUCACUUUUGGCCAGAUUGCCGAGAUCGUAGAUAAAGGCUCUACAUCUUGCGGGGUAAGUGGAGCAAUUUACGCCGUGAUUGCUUAUAUGACUGGUUGUGCCUGCAUCUAUUCAUGCUUCUACCGCUCCAAACUGAGGCACCAGUAUUCUCUGGACGAGAGUCCUUGUGGUGAUUGUUUGGUUCACUGCUUCUGCGAGCCCUGCGCCUUGUGCCAGGAGUACCGUGAACUCCAAAGUCGCGGUUUCAACAUGGCUAUCGGAUGGCAUGGAAAUAUGGAUGGGAGGAACCGUGAAAUGGCAAUGGCUUCAAUCCCCCCAAUGAUGGAGGGAGGCAUGAGUCGGCAAUAAAUGAAUACAGAACAAGUCUAUGUUAUCCAUUGAAAACGAGAUUUAUAAUUUUGUACCAUUAACAUCGAAUUAUUAUUUCGUUAUCGUCGUUGUAAACUUGUGAUGAAGUUGUUUGAUGUGUUUAAUUUCUCCUCUAUGAAUACAUAAAUAAAAAGAAUAUAUGUCAUUCAUUUGAA